AAAGUGGAGAGAGAGAGUUGGAGGAGGCUUUAAAAACAUUGCCCAUAAAGCUCUCGCUCGGUGCCUCUGCAUAUUCCUAGCAUCUCUUUCUUCUCUAUUUCUCUCUCUUCACCAACUCCGAUUUCGCGCCCUGUAAAUCUCUGCUGCUCAAUUCCCGAAAUCUUGAUUUGAGUUGCGGUUUCCGGUUGCCGGACCUGCGGAUCUAGCCGGAAAAUCCACUGCAUACGGUGAAACUCUCCUUCGUGUUCCGGGAUCGAUCAGAUCCAACUUUUCUAUAGAGUGACAACUGGUUGGGGGGUAAAGUAAUGAAGAACGGGAUGAUAGAAUGCAGUGUCUGCCAUUCUAGAUUGGUAUCCCCAAGUGCAAAAACUGUCUCAAGGGCUUAUGAUCGGCACAGGAGCAAGAUAUCAUCAAAGCAUCGUGCCCUUAAUGUCUUCUUGGUUGUUGGUGAUUGUAUCCUAGUUGGUUUUCAGCCUAUUUUGGUGUUUAUGUCCAAGGUGGAUGGAAAAUUCGAGUUUAGCCCUAUUAGUGUUAACUUUUUGACUGAGAUUGCAAAGGUUCUAUUUGCAAUUGUUAUGCUUUUGCUCCAGGCUAGGCAUCAGAAAGUUGGAGAGAAGCCCCUUCUCUCAGUUUCCACAUUUGUGCAGGCAGCCCGCAACAAUGUGCUUCUUGCUGUCCCAGCACUUCUAUAUGCUAUCAAUAACUACCUUAAGUUCAUCAUGCAGCUUUAUUUUAAUCCCGCAACUGUGAAGAUGCUUAGCAAUCUGAAGGUUUUGGUAAUUGCUGUUUUGUUGAAGAUAAUUAUGAGACGGCGUUUUUCCACGAUUCAGUGGGAAGCUCUUGCUCUGUUGCUCAUCGGGAUUAGUGUUAAUCAGAUGCGUUCUCUACCUGAGGGUACCACUGCUUUAGGCCUUCCAGUGGCUACGGGCGCAUAUCUUUAUACAUUGAUCUUUGUAACUGUUCCGUCUUUGGCCUCAGUCUACAAUGAGUAUGCACUGAAGAGCCAAUAUGAUACAAGCAUUUAUCUUCAGAACUUAUUUUUAUAUGGGUAUGGUGCUAUAUUCAACUUUCUUGGAAUUGUGGGAACUGCCGUUGUCAAAGGUCCCAGUAGCUUUGACAUCCUGCAUGGACAUUCAAAGGCUACCAUGCUUCUGAUAUUUAACAAUGCGGCACAAGGAAUUUUGUCCUCUUUUUUCUUUAAAUAUGCUGAUACAAUUUUGAAGAAGUAUUCGUCAACUGUAGCCACCAUCUUUACAGGCAUAGCAUCUGCUGCAAUGUUUGGUCAUACACUGACCAUUAACUUUAUUUUAGGAAUUUCUAUUGUGUUUAUCUCUAUGCACCAGUUCUUUUCACCUCUUUCGAAAGUCAAAGAUGAGGAACAAAAUGGGAAGCUGGAGGUAAUGGACAUUCAGGGUGACCACAGGUUGAAGGAUUCAUCUUUCAUAAAUAUGGCGGCAGGAGCAAAUGAAGAAGCUAGUCAUCGCGUAGGAUCUGAUGAAAGACAACCACUUCUUCCUACCUAAAGUCACUUGGUGGUAAUUUCUUCAAAUGAAUUCUUUUGGCUGGACUUAUUGGACAGUACAGGAGAUAAGCCAGCUCUCAGAAUCAGUCAAUAAAAUAAAAUCUAAAGUGAAAUUAAAUUCUUUGCCAUUUUCUUGGAUCACUAUCCUGCUUCUUGGGAUUCCAACAUUCGGUUUAUAGAGAGCCUUUUGUGAAAUCUGGAGUAUAGAUGCUGGUGACCAACCCGGUUUCUGGUGGAAGAGGUUUAGAUAGAGAAUAGCAAUGUGGGUGUGUUCAAGCUCAGUUAUCUGCUUCACCGCAUGCCAUGAACAUGCCAAUGUUGUGGUAGUUGGGGUAUAUGUAUUUUUUUAUCUUAGACCAGUUAAUAGAUUAGUAUUUUUAUUUUAUCCUUUUUUUUUUCUUUUUUUCUUUUUUUUUCUGAUUCGGAUGUCAUAUUUUUGAUAAAGUAUUCCCACAAUGGAUUAGAGUUUUGAUGUUUGAGUGGGAUUUGUUGCUUAAGCUUUGAGAUCAGUGCCACAAAAAAAGAGGAAAAAAGUUAAACCAUAUUCUUGUUUUAUAUGGAAACUUUUAUUUUUAAGCGUA